GACCUGUGACUGACUGUGAUCAGAUUAUUCGGCCCGCAGCACUGCGCCAGGCCGGCACCCGGUUUUCACCAUUUUCCCGAUGCAUAGGCCCAGAGCUCAAUACGCCACCGCCUUUUUACUCAUCUGUUGAGCACUUCGCCUGCUUCCCUCCUUGCCGUGCGAUCCGCCUCCAGAGACUCCUUUGACUCUGGAUUCAAUCGUGGAGCUUGGAGCAUUCAAGGUUCACUCCCUCCGCCAUCACUGGAAGAUGGGACCGCAGAAGGUCGAGACGAUGCGGCGGCCGAGGCCCGAGAGAGGAGAACGGCGGAUCGACGCCGCCAUUGACCACCUCGCCCAGUACGGCUUCGCAAAGCCCCAAAUCCGCAAGGUCAUCAACGACCUCCUUCAGCUGUACGGGAGAGAUGGAUGGGUGUUCCUGGAGGAGGGAUCAUACAGUAUCGUGCUUAAAGUCCUGGAAGAACAGGCGCAGCAGGAUCAGGCUUUUGUUAUGCAGACACAAGAAGCAGCUGCUGCAGAAGAGGCAUUACCACAAAACGGUAUGGAAGUCUCACGAGUGAAUGGUGAGGCACCGAAUGAGCCUCCAUCAACCCUUGAACUGCAAGCUUCCCCCAGCAGUUCACCUUUACUGCUAGUGCCACCAGCCAAGGGACCUCCUUGUGCAAGGACUCCCUGCUAUGGAUGGAUUAGUGAAGAGUCCGAGUCUGAGAGCGAAUCAGAGGAUGGAGAAAUGCUUUCCGAUGUAACUGGGCCUGUAAUUUUCGCCAAAAAAGAUAUACCAAAUCCUGUGGGAACAUUGCCUUCUAGGAGGAAGUGACCUAGUAGAUGGGAUGUGCACACCCUAGCUGAUUAGGACUGAGAUCAAAGGCUGCAAGAUGGUGGCCUUCAAGGAUCAACUUUCACCUAUAUCAAGUACAUAUAUGGUGUAUCUAGAUGGGAGCAUCAGGAAGUAAAUGAUAGAAACGCCCAUCAAACCACUGUUUGAAUAGUAGGAUCAGAAGUGAAAUUGUGUCAGGAGAAGAAUGGACUCUGCGUGAUGGAGAAUCUAGAGAUGAUAGGUUCCACCCAGGAAUUACAGAAUGCUUGCAAACUUUAUUGUGGCUGCUAGAUAUCUCUCAUGUGGAGCCUCGGGCAGCACCGGGCCUAUCCUGUUAAGCGGUGUAAACCUAUUUCCCUAUUUGCUUGUGCUUUUGAACGGUUUCAGUGCAAUGGAAAGAAACAUUCCGUC